CGUGCGGACAUGCGAGUGCAGUGCGGGUGAGCGAUGAGACCCGGGCAUGCGCAGUGUCUGGCUCAGAGCGGUCAUUCGCGCUUCUUGUGUGUCAGUCAGGUAGCGUGUCUUUCAAUCACGCACACGCGCGCUUCACUUGACUGCUGAUUGAUCGGCAGUCGUGCGCGUGAACAGUACCCAUCAUCAUCGUCAUUUGCGAUGAAGACACUCAGACCCCCCCACUUCCUGGAGGGUGGACCGACACUCACUCUCGCAAGUGCGUGUCCACAGCGGAUGGAUGCACCUGCUGUCAGCGUCAGUUUGUCAGCUGAGCAGAUGACAGCUGCUAGUUCCACCUACUCGCUGUGUGCUGUGUGCAACUUGCAACUAACCUCAGCGGCUCAGGCUCAGCUGCACUACAACGCACGCUCACACUUGCGCCGUGUACGCCAGAUGAAGGUGGGCCAGCCGGGGGCACAGGUAGCAGGGGGGCAGUCCAAGCUCCUCCCACAGGCAUCAGGUUGCUGUCAAUCCACACAAGUCCAAGGGUCAGAGCAUAGCGCCCCCCUGUGCUCAACUUCAGGACGUGUGUGUGCGACACUGGCAGGUGCCCUGCCUGGCCUGAUAGGUGGCGCUGGAGGUCCAUCCGUCCUGAUGAAACCCUUUUUGACUUUUCCCAUGGACACCACUGCGCCAGUGGCACUUUUCCCAAACUUCAACACGAUGGACCCCGUGCAGAAGGCCGUCAUCAAUCACACCUUUGGUGUUGCCACGGCGAUCAAGAAGAAACAGGUGAUCACGUGCGGCGUCUGCCAGCUGAGGUUCAACUCUAACUCACAGGCAGAGGCUCACUACCGAGGCAGUCGUCAUGCCAAGAAGAUUAAGUCUCAGGAGAACAAGAGCCAGCUGUCAAUCACUGCACAGACCAAUGGCAACAACUCCAGCGAUUCAGGCUCCGCCCCUCCAAUGACCACCAAUCAACACACAGAUGUCCCCUCCCUAAAUAGCCCCGCUUCCCUAGCCCCCUUCCGCCUCCCCUCCUCUUCCACACCCCUCUCCUCACCCUCCUCCAGCAGAGCGGGAAGUGAGACUCCUCCCACCAGCCCUGCCUCCUCCCUACCUGCAUCCUCUUCCUCCCCUCCAGCCCACACCUCCCCUCCUCCUCCUUCUCCUCCAUCCUCACAGGAAGCUCCGCCCAUCAUAGAGUCCGAGGAGGAGAAGGCAAAGAAGCUUCUUUAUUGUUCUCUUUGCAAAGUGGCUGUCAACUCUCUGUCUCAGCUGCAGGCUCACAAUGCAGGGUCCAAACACAAGACCAUGCUGGAUGCUCGGAGCGGUGCUGGUCUAAUCAAGUCCUACCCUCGACCCGGCACCAAGCUGAAGACCUGCGUCAACUCAGCAGUGAAGGGAUCCGGUCUACAGAACAAAACCUUCCACUGCCAAAUCUGUGAUGUCCAUGUCAACUCUGAGAUACAACUCAAACAGCACAUCACCAGCAGGAGGCACAAGGACCGCGUGGCCGGAAAGCCCAGCAAAGCUAAAUACACUCCUUACAACAAUAAUAACAACAACAUGAGAACACAGCGCAACUCGUUCACGGUGAGUCUUGUUGUCAUAGCUACAUGUCACCUAGCAACACCCCUCAUCUCGUUUCUUUUGUCUCUCGUUACCAUCCAGGAGCUGGCCAAGUCCUCUUUUCUUCCCCCUCCUCCGUUCCCCACUCCACCUGCCUCCCUCUCUACCUCCUCCCCCCUCUCCAUCACCCUCCAGCCUCGCCUUCCCUCCUCCUCACCCCUGGUCACCGCAUCCUUCCUACGUUCGGCGCCAGGACCAAUAAGAACGAACCACUCCUCCAUCCUUUUCACUCCCUACUGACGCU